AUGCAUCCUGCAGCGCCGCCGCGUUGCCUUCAGUUUUUCAUGGCAUUUUCUUCACCUGGAGGUUCAUUGGGAUUCACAGCGUCUUUUUCCCUUACUCUCCGCCCGCAGCGGACUCCAAAGACUCGCGUGCAAGCUGCGAAGCUCGACAGCGUGAUCUUCCCCCCUCAACAGAUCGCAGGAAACAGACGCUUUUGCCGCGCUGACUCAGGAUGCCGAAGAGAGGCAAGGAAGCUUUGUGGCGGAACGUAG